ACUGCACGAAUUUAUUCUGGCCUGCUUACUCUCACACAAAAUUUGACGUUUGAGCGGUGCCGACACCUCUAAAACGUCAAAUUUUCCGUGAGAGUAAGCAGGCCAGCAGAAAUUCGUGCAGUGGACCAUAAUGAAUUUAGUAUUUGUUGAGUGUUUUCAUGGAAUCAAACACAAAUAUUGAUGUUGAAGGGUCGUUUUCAAUACCACAUUGUUUUGCAGUGGUUGUUGCCAUGGCUAAUUUUGGUAACUAUAGAAUACUUCAUAAACCGUUUUUUAUGCUGCAUCAUAGCACCCCAAAUAAUCUUCUCAAAACUGUUUUUUCAAUCUCAAUCCAACUUCGGAAAAUGAACGACGAAAUUGUCAAAAUCGUUUCGGAAUGGAGCAGCUCGGAGGACAUUUGGAUGGACUGCCAGGACGUGGAAGAAAUUGAAGUUUCGCAAGCCAACGAUACCUUGGAGCACGGCACGGAAAAUGUUCAGGGAGGUUUUAACGAAGAGACUGCUGAAGAUGGAUUGCCAGCAACCCCGGCGAUACCGCAAAAUUGCAAGACAGAGAGCUUUGGAGAAGCAACAAAAGGACCUGCUGAUGAAGAAAUGAAAAACGAAGAAAGAGCAAAGAAAGAAAACCUUGAAGAAAACACAUUGGAACCCGCGUAUGAGAUAAUUACUUCCAUACGAGGAAGUCCCAAAAUGAUCUACGGUGGAUUCGCCUAUCAUCUCAACAAAAAAAUAGACACAGUUUACUAUUGGACUUGCGUGCAAAAAAGAUGUGGAAAUAAGCUGGAUCAUUGUAGGGCAACACUUAUUUCACGGCUGGGAGCAGGAUGUCAGCACGAAUUUGAGUCCCCCGGUGGCCAUACUCACCCACCCAAUUUGUUAAAAAAUGACUGCCUACGAUACAGACAAUCAUUGAAGAGGCGUUCCAAGGAAACAAAUGAAGCUCCAUCGGUAACGAUUAGCGUUUGCGCUACGAGUGUGCCAAAAGAGGUAAAUUUGUUGAUUAAUCAAAUGCUGCUGAGUUCUUAUUACUUUAAUUCAUUUACACAGGUACAAACGAUGUUAUCGAAACCAGCACAAAGGAAAAUUUGCCAGAGAAGCCGAGAAUGUAAGAAAACAUAUCCGGAAGUUCCGGUGACCCCAGAAGAUUACGCCAACAUCGACGAACGGUAUUCCAAAACUUUGGACGAUCAACCAUUCUUGGUGGGACAUAAGACUGUCGAAGGUGGUGUAAUAUUGAUGUUUAGCACUGCAGGUAAAUUGUUUUAGUAGCUUAAUCCCAUAAAAAUAACUAUUCAAAUAAAAAUUUUAGACAACGUCCAACGACUGGCUACAUCCAAGCUAUGGAUGCUCGAUGGCACUUUCGCCACUGCGCCACAAAAUUUCCGCCAAAUAUAUUCGGUUUUGGCGCACAUAGGAAACGGAGAGUCAGCAAGAUUCCUUCCGCUGGUAUUUUUUAUGCUUCAAUCUAAGUCGGAGAAAACGUAUUCAGCAGCGUUCCAGCUGCUUAACGAUUUUGCUGUGCAAAACGGUGCCGAGCUUGAUCCAGAAGUAAUUAUGACCGAUUACGAGAAGGCAGCCAUCAUUGCGGUCGAAUCAGUAUUUCCCGAGAGCCGGACGCAGGGGUGUUUUUUCCAUCUAUGUCAGAAUUUUUACAAGAGAAUUCAAAAAUACGGGCUGGUUUCGGCAUAUGCAAAAGACAAAGAUGUUUUUAUGUCAUUUAAAAUGACAGAGGCACUGGCGUUCGUGCCUCCAGAGGAUGUACCAGAAGCGUUUCAAACCUUGCAAAAGUCAGCGCCAGCUGAAAUGCACAGAUUUUUUCAGUAAGUAGCAUACAUAGUAUUAUUUUUUCUGUCAAAAUCAACAUUUUUCUUAAUUACAGAUAUGUCGAAAACAUUUAUGUUCUCGGUUGUGUAAGACGAACAAAGCAGGACGGCAGCGUGGUCAGAAGUAAACCUUGUUUCGAACCGAAAAUUUGGAACGUAUCUCAAAACGUGUUGCACGAUAACCCGCGUACUACCAAUCGCUUGGAAGGUUGUCAUAACCGGUGGCGUAUAUUGUCCAAUUCGAACCCUGGCUUUUAUGAAACAGUGGAAAACUUGCAGAGAGAACAAAACCUUACCGGAGGAGAAGUUUUAUCAAUUCUCCAAGGUGUGCCGGUUCCUAAGCGAAGCGCAAAAGAAGUUCGAAAGGAUAAUCGGCUCAAAGAACUUAUCCAAAAAUACAAAACGUAUUCAAGUACGCAAGAUUAUUUACGUGGUGUAGCUCUAAUACUUAAAGAUUUUUAACUCGUGGUGAUUUUGAAUAUUUCGUUAAUUUAGUUUGUUAUUGUUAUACAGUCGAACUUCCAUGAGUCGAUGUUCCUUGACUCGAUAUCGACUCAUGGAGGUAAUUUUUUCCAUACUGAAAAAUAAUAUCUGGGUUACUAUGAUGGUCCCCCUAAAAAGCUUCCCAAAGGAUUUUUGUUCCACUACUCGAUAUUUCCUUGAGUCGAUGGUCCCUUCAAUAUCGACUCAUGGAGGUUUUACUGUAUUAUAAUUAUUCUCAAUAGUAAAUACUGAAAGAAAAUAGAUGUUGCAUAUCCAUUACAAUUACCGUGUAUUUUUUCAUUAUUUAUUAUUCGUCUCUCUAUGUAAAAAAACCGUGUACCUCAUCCAAUUUGAUUACUCAUGCUAUGAAUGUCAAAAAUCUGUGUUUUUCAGAACGAGUAGAACAUUUACUGAAGAAAGAAUGUCGAUUAGAAUAAAUACGAUAAUUGCUUUAAAAAAACAAGUUUUACAAUGAGUUACAAUCUCUACCAUACAACAUUUUAACUGCAAACGAGGCCAUUUCUAAGCUAAAAAACUCCAAUAUCAUAGAAAAUAUGAUAUCUAAAUCCAUUUCUCCAUAUCCAUCAUAUAUUCAUUAUUUUUCCGUUUAAAUGUCUUUUCGUCAGUGAUUGCCUUUCUACCAAAUGUCCAUUCGACUAAAUGUAAUAUGUUUCUCUUCCAUAAAAUUGUUUUCGACCAAAUGUCCAUUCGACUAAAUGUCCGUUCGACCAAAUGUACUUUCGACCAAAUGUCAUUCGACCAAACGUCAUUCGACCAAAUGUCUUUCGACCAAAUGUCAUAGA